AGAUCCGGCGGCCGCGGGGCGCGGGGGGGACGGCGGCACGGGCGGACGGCGGCGCGGGCGGACCCCACGUGGCCUUCGCCAGCCGGUGAUGCCCGGCGCUGGCCAGCGCUGCAGACUGCCCUGGAGCUGCGAAAUUCAAGGGCUCGCGUUACGAACGUGACGCGAGUGUUGCUCGGAAGGCACUUUCAGGCUGAGUCCAGCUGUGAUGCACAUCUGUUCCACAAAGAAGGUGUCAGUUUUUCAUAGGCACUCUGCAAAACCAGCUGGUUUGAAAAAAAAAAUGAAAGGAAUGGCAUGUACAGAUGAUUUUCAAGGCCAGGAUUUCCUCAAGAAGAGGAAGAAGAAGAAGAGAAAACAAAAGGAGUGCAACGACCAACAUGGGAAUGAUGGGAGUGGGGAAGACCCGGAGCUCGGCCGAGCUUCUCCUCUGCUGUUUGAAAAUGGAGGAACACAGGGUGGGGAGGGCAGCCAGAAGAAGAAGAAAAAAGCCCAAAACAAGGGUGAGAAGCAGCAGGCUUCCAUAGCUGAUUACUGUGUGAGAAUAGACCAGGAAAUUACCAAUGGAACUGGAAUGGAGGCUUCCCAGAAGAAGAGAAGGAAGCAGGAAUGCAGUGAGAGCAUGGACGAGCAGAGCGAUGUCAGCUGUGUGUUGGUGAACCAGCACAGCCCUGGGGGCUGCCAGGGCAGCACUCUGGAUUAUGUGUACAUUAAAAAAAACCCCAAGAAGAAAAAGAAAAAAGCAAAGCUGCCUGAAGCAGGUGAGGAGCGUGAGGGGCCUCCCUCCCAAAGACCCAGCGAAAGCAGCAGAGAGAAACCCAGGAAGAAGAAGAAAAAAAGGAGAGGCAGCAGUGCCCAGGGUGGGCAGGAGGACACAGAUGGAGCUGCUGACCAGGCAGGGCAAAACAGGCCAGUGGGGGACAAAGGGUGGCCUUUACCUGCCCAGAAGGGGCAGAGGCACAAGGAUGGUGACUCUGAUGCUGCUUCUGCCACGAGUGAGCCCUCAGUACCUGCUGAUUUUUCCACACCCAGUAAAGCACCUGAUCGAGCUCAGAAAACUCCAGGACGUGCUAAAAAGGCAAUUAAAAGCAGUGCUUGUGUCAUGGAAGAAAGUUCUUCAGAGUCAGAUGAGAUGACCCCAGAACCCUCAGCAUCAAAUAACAAGAAGAACCAGAACAGUUCCUUUGCUGAGAUGGCAGCCUCUGAUGAGGUGAGUCUGGAUGAUGAUGAAUACCUGGACUCUUUCACGUCUUCAGUCGUGGAUUUGGAUACUGCCAGAGAAGAAUUGAAAGAGUUUAUUCCUCAUGUGAAGAAUAUCUCAGACACUUCCAUCAGGAAGAUGGCUGGAAGAGACCUGGCAAGGUUUAAACAGUUUAAAAAACAAGGCAUGGCUGUCAAGUUUGGCAGAUUUACCCAGAAGGAAAACAAUCAAAUCCGGAAGAAUGUUGAGGAGUUCUUAUCCAUCAGUGGGAUAGACAGUGCUGAGAAACUCCUGUUCACUUCCAGGUAUCCAGAAGAUAAAGAAACAAUCAAUCGCCUCAAGGCAAAGCAUCAGUUCUGUGAGAAAAUUUCUGAGGGCAUACCCCGACCCUGGAGGCUGAUAUAUUACAGAGCAAGGAAGAUGUUUGACCCAAAUAAUUAUAAAGGAAGGUACACUAAGGAAGAAAAAGAACAAUUAAAGAAGUAUCAGGCUAUGCAUGGCAAUGACUGGAAGAAGAUUUCUGAGCUGAUGUCCCGUUCUAACCUCUCAGUUGCUAUGAAAUUCUCUGAAAUCAAGUCAGCUAUUAAUUACGGUCCUUGGACAAAGGAAGAGAUCCAGAAGUUAAAGCAUGCAGUGAAGGAAGUGAUAAGGAAAAAACUGGAAAUGGAAGAUGGAAGUUCUCCUUCCUCACUGGAACAGUCAAACAGGGAUCUCUGGGUUGACCGUGAGAAACUGUGCCAGCAACUCCCAUGGACUGAGAUUGAAACCAAAGUGGGAAGUCGAUACUGGAGACAAUGUAAACAGAAAUGGAAUUCAGUUUUAGUAAAGAAGAUGUCCAAAGGGCAGACGUUACAUAAAUGGAUCAAGGGAGUACAGAACAAGAUCACUCUUAUUAAAAGGCUGUAUGAAAUGAAAGUGGAGGAUGCCAAUGAAGUAAACUGGGAAGAACUUGGUGAUGCCAUUGGAGAUGUCCCUACAACCUAUCUUCAAGUACAGUUUUAUAGGCUAAAAGUCUCCUUUGUCCCUUCUUGGCAAAAAAAGACUUUUUCUGAAAUUAUAGAUUUUCUGUAUCAAUACAAGCUCCCAGAAUUAGAAGACAAGUUAAGAAGAAAGCAGUGGAAGCACCUUAGUUCUGGUGAUUUAUCAGCCAGCCAGGAGAAAAAGGCUUUCCGAUUCAGUGACAUUUUUGACUCCAGUGAAGAGAGUGAUUAAUGGACUGUCCUAAAAGCAACUCCUAAUUUGCAUUUUUAACUGCAGAUGGAUCUGGUUGAGAGUGGGUGCAGCUCAACAACUGCAGGUACACAGGCUGUGGAGUGAUGGGAAAAGUCAAGAUGGGCACGUCUGAUUUUCUUUUUUCAUAUUGAAGACUGAGUUCAACAGAGCUUUUUUGCUACUUUUUAUUACUUUCAUUUAGCUCUGGUUUUAGAAACCUUCAUUGCUUUUUAAAUACAAUUUUUUCACUGCUUUGUUUCCUGUGAAGUUGAAAACUACUCUUUUCCCUUUAUGAAUAAACUUGGUUUUCAGAACUUUAUUUUUCUUUAUUUAAAAUUCAUGAAAUUGGAAAAAGGUUUUCAAUUUGGUUUUAAAUCUCUGUAAUAACCAAUCCUUAAGACAUCUGUGUUGAUGGAAACAGCACAACUUUCAACUUGUUUUUUUUAGAGGUAUAUCUUGUUCUUAAAAGCACCUAAUUUUAUUUUUGAUGUAGACUUACACUUUUCUCAACCCUCCUAGAUAAAAAGCAUAUUUGUCCAUUUCUGUUCAUAAUUGUAAUGUCAUUUCAUGCUAAAACCAAACCAGUGCAUUUGAAAUGUUUUUGUUAAUAUUUGGAAUAUAGACACAAAACAGACAGUGUAAAUAUAUAUAUACAUGUGCAUACACAUACUUUUAUUGUGUCAAGGAUAAUUUCUACAUUUUAAUAUGAAAAUUGAGCAAUAAGAUGGGAGUUUUUACUCAUGGCUUUGUAUGAUAUUUUUAUCUCUCUGCCCAGAGUGAUUAUUUGUAAAUUGACUGUGAAAAAAAACCCCAAAAAUAUCUUACUGUGUAAAGUGUUUGUAUGGCUUGUUUAUAUUUCCCAUGCACUGUUUUAGAAAAUAAUGCAAGAAGACUCAGGGUCUGCUUUUUGAGGGUCAUUUUGAUAAAUUCUUUAAUAAUUGUUACUGAAAAUCCAGAACUUUCAAUGGCUUGAAAUAAAGGCCUUGUUGGAGGGUCUGGAAUGUGACUUGUAGCAAAGGAUUUUAAAGGAGAACUUGCCAUAUUUAACUGUGUCUGGCUUUAGUCUCUCUCAAGAUAGUGGGAUUUUUGUGGGACAGGCAGGACACCCCCUGUGAUCAGCCACUGGUACAAGGGUAAGUUUUCCAGCCAAGACAUGAAGUAGGGCAGAGGGGAAGAAAACACACACCAGUUCUUCUCUUGUUUUAUGGGUUUGAAGGUGAAAAGCUGCAAAACUCGGACUUUUACAUCUAAACAGUUUGUGUUUUUCAAGGAUUUUUUUCCCCUGGAAUAUGGAAAUCUCUGAAUUGUCUGCAGGCUGGAGCACAAACAACUGUCUCGUUGUAGAGUUUAUAGAGUAGAUAUCACAGAAAUAAACUUCUACCUCCAUAAUGAGAUUUAUUUUAUUCUUUGCUUUAAAGGAAAACUGUUGUGGAUGAGUGGAAUGCACCUCACUCAAAAAAGAGAAGCAGCAAUAUGUUUUACUGUGGUAAAUUCAGUGGAAUUCAGAGUUUAACAGUGGUUUAUCAAGAUUCAGUAAGUUUGAUGGCAAAGUUCACCUUAUUAAUUACUGCAUGGAAGAGACAUACAAAGGAAAAUUGAGUUAGAAUCAAGGUAGAAUGAUUCACAAAGAGUCUGGAGACACGAAGGGUAAGACAGACCCUCCUGUUGAGUCAUGAGGUUCAGAAUGGACCCCUUUGAGGGGGUCUCAGAGAGGAGUCGGGGUGCAGCUGGAUCCAGGCUUAGUCCCACACAGGGUUUAUAUAUGUAAAAUUUAUAAUUAAUACUGAGUAGCCCCAUGGAUUAGUAAUGUUUCUUUAGUACUAAUUCUGUGGGUGUCACUCACUUAACCAAGGAUCUCUCAGAGUAAGGGAUCUCUCAUCUUUGGGCAAUGAAGGAUCUCAGAAAAGGAAUCCCUGCUCCAGGGAGUCACCCACCCACCCUGCAGUCGAGCUGCCGUUCAGUCUCAUUAGGGUGAGAUAGCUGUCAGUUAGUCAGUAGUAUAGACAACACAGCUGUCUUUGUUCUAGCUCUGCUAUCUCAUUCUCUACUUUCAUUAUCUUGCAUGUUUGGGCUUCAAAACCACCUUCCAAAAUAUUUUUCCGAGGCACUUUCACUCCCUUGGCCCUGAACCAGGAGCAUUCCAGCUCACAGCGUCACUGCAGGGCAUGAGGCCUGUUGCUGCAUCACAGAAACUCCUAGAAGAAGGCUUCCUGAUACUUGUUAAAAGCAGUUUUUCUGCAACAUGUAAGUCAAGGCAGGUACUGUAAAUUUGAAGCCAUCACUGCACUGGCUGCUUUGCGAAAACACCUGAGAAAAGAGAGUGUCUGUCCCUGGGAGUGGAGUAAGGAAACUCCUUAUCUGCAUCUCCUUAGAUAAAAUGGGUGUAAUCCAUUUGCAAGUCUUUGCAGGAGGAGAGUAGUUGUUGAUUGUUUCCCACGUGCUGAAUAAUGGCACGAGGAAGCAGCUUUUCCCUUUGCCAUCCUCUUACCCAGGCCCAUGGGAACACAGGCAUAGGAAGGCAGUUGUUCCACGUGGAUAUUUAAAUAUUAUUGCUAACAGCCAACUCUGCAGAGGUUUAAAAAAAACCCAAACAGACUUCACAGAAGGCUGAGGGAAAUAACAUUGACAAAGCUUUGUGUAUCAGGCUGCAUUAUAAAUAAGAGCAUGACAGAUCCUUCAAGUGUAGAAAGUGUUACAGAGCAAUUUAAAUUUAGUAGUAGAAUAGCUAAGGCUUAGUAGGAGAGUAGGCCUAGAAAGCAACACUCCAAAGUAGUAAGUUAGCAACCUUGUUUGUGAGCAUGGAGUGUGCUGAAGAAGUGGAAACAAUAAUCAAAGGAUUUAGUCAAGCAUGUAUAUAAUGAUUUGUUACCUUGGAUGUGGUAAGGGUCUGUUAAACAGUUUCUAGGAGUAAGACAACUUAAGCAGAUUUAUGAUUAGAGUAGAUGAUUAUCAAUUGUUAUCAGUAUGAAGUAUGAGCUUGUUUGUAACUGAAUGUAACUGUUUUGCUGUGGAAACUGCACGUAAACUUGUUUGUGUAAAAGUAUAAAAGCUGAACUGAGAAUGAGGGUCUUUGGAAUCCUGACUUGGGACGCUAGUCCUCAGGUUCCCGGGCCCCGAAUAAAGCACCGCAUAAACCGGCA